UACCACUUUGUUGAACCUUCAAAGCCAUAGCAAAAACAGUUUCUUUGGUGUAAUAGAAAUUUGAAGGUAUAUAUAUAUAUAUAUGGAAAAUGAUAGUGAUUUCCCAAAGGGAAAGCCAAAAUCUCUUGCCUCAAGGAGGAACAUGGAGAAGCUGCGUUUGGAAUUGAGCAAAAUCAAUGGAGGAGUUCAGUCUUUUGCACCGGGGAAGGGAAUUAAUCGAAAUUGGGGGGUUCCUAGAUAUGGUAUUGGAGAAGUUCAUGACCAAACAGAAGAGCAUGAUCCUGAGUAUAACAAAGGAAAUGAUUCAGUUUUCAAUUACACUGAUGAUAAGGAACCAGUGACUUACAUGAAAUUUCCUGCUGUUGGAAGCAUUGCAGAACCAGUGCCUGAUCCACUUUUCAAACCGUUUGUCUGCAAUGUGUCUGCUCCAAAAUCCUGUGAUGUCCAUCGUGUUGAAGGUUUUUCUGGCAAUGCCUCAGACAUUUCCAAUGCAAAAGGGUUAAUGGAGUUGCAACAGAGGCAUGAAGAAGAAAAUGCAUCGGAUGAACUUUGA